GGUCUGACACGUAAAUCUCCUCCGGUGCUGUAGGUGGCAGUAGCACGCAGCUAUUGAACAUUAGCCAACGCACGAGUUCGUCAUUCACGUGGGACAGAUUAGUGUCAACAUGGGGAAAAGAAGACACAAUAAGCAACUUUUAACUAGUUUGUCUAAAAAACAGAAGAAACACUUGAAAGAGUUUGGAGAGGAACAUCCAUUUCACGACGUAGUCAAUGAUAAAUCUUUAAGGACACAAGUAGUGGAACUGGCACCAAGUCCAGAACAGUCUGAUGCUGAGCUGGAUGAUCCGGAGAAGGAAGAGGAAGAGGAGGACCCAGAGCAGAAAACAGCCUAUCAGAAACUUCUUUCGACACUUAGUCAACCCAACCACAAUGACCAAAGUGAAGAGGAGAGCACCGAUGAAGAGGAGCUUGUUGACGAAGAAAACUGUGCUGGUGUUGACCAAGAUGAUGGCGAUGAAGAGGCUGGGGAUGAGGAAGAAACAGAAGACUCUGGUGUAGCACUUUCUCAGUCAUUAGAAGGAGAGGAGGAGGAAACACGGGGUGAAGAAUUCAUUGACAAGGAGAAUGAGUCCCAAUUCUGCUUGGACACCAACUUGAUUGAGAGAGGGCUCGAGGAGGUUGUUGAUGUUGCUGACCAAGACAAAGAUAUGUUUUUCCAGCAUCUGGGAACCGAGCUGAGUGAAGAUGAUGUGCAAAAAAUUACAUCAGGCAGCAAAGCAAAGGCCCAGAUCACGUGGCCCAAAUUUGGCUCGCUUCUCUGCAUCACUCCCUUGGAGAGGUUCGGCCCCAUCAGCUCUUCCAAAGACACUGAGCUCCCAGCCCUCCACAAACUCUUGGAAGCCAGUUGCAAGAAUAUGAACGUGUCUGGAAACUCCAAGGAUGAAGCUGAGGAGGCGAGCCCUCUCCAGCUGGAGCUGUUGGCUCUCAUGGGAACAUACAAAGACCUCUACCAUUCAGAGACUUGCCCUUUGAAGGUGGGCCCACAGGUUCGAAGCGCUUACUGCCUCCAUGUUCUCAACCACGUGCUGAAAGCCAACUCCAGCGUCUUGGCUCACAAUGCUCAGCUCAAAGAGCAUCAGCAGCAGGCAAAGCGUGGAGAAGUAUUACAAGAUGAACUAAGAGACCAAGGUCUAACCCGGCCUAAGGUCCUGAUUCUUGUGCCCUUCCGAGGUGGAGUUCUGCAUAUCGUCCACACUCUCAUCAGUUUGCUGGAGAGCAAAGGCAAGAAGGUGGUGGUCAGCAACAAGAAGCGCUUCAAAGACGAGUACGGGCAGGGCUCGGAUGAUAAACCGGCCAACCUGCGCAGACCGGACGAUUACCACGCCAUCUUCUCGGGCAAUGUGGACGAUCACUUCAGGAUAGGUGUCUCCAUAAUCAAGGGCAACAUACGCCUCUACUCCCCCUUCUACCAAUCCGACAUCAUCAUUGCAUCCCCACUGGGCCUCCGCACAGUAAUGGGAGUGGAAGGAGAAUAUAAGAGGGACUUUGACUUCCUCUCCUCCAUCCAGAUACUAGUAGUCGACCAGGCUGAUGUCUUCCUCAUGCAGAACUGGGAACACGUCUUGCAUGUGAUGAAACACAUGAACCUGCAGCCAUUGGAGUCACAUGGAGUGGACUUUUCUAGGGUGCGAAUGUGGAAUCUCAACAACUGGGCCAGGCAUUACCGGCAAACACUUGUGUUCAGUUCCAUCCCGGACCCUCAGAUCAACAAUAUCCUCGCCAAACAAUGUGCCAACUACCGUGGACAGAUCUCAGUUAAGAACAUCCCCAAAACAGGUUCCAUCUGCCAAGUUCUUGUUCAGCUGCCCCACGUCUUCCAAAUGUUCUCCUCUGACAGCUUCCUGAAUCAUGAUGCACGGUUUCAGUUCUUUGUCGAUAAAGUGCUGCCUCAAUACAGGGACUCUGUCAUGUCGCACACGCUGAUCUACAUUCCCUCUUAUUUCGACUAUGUGCGGUUGCGCAACUACUUGAAGAAACAGGAGAUGAACUUUGUAAGCGUGUGCGAGUAUUCCAGCAAAUCGGAGGUGUCUCGAGCAAGGCACUUCUUCCUGAAAGGCGAUAAACAGUUCAUGCUAUUCACCGAACGCUUCCACUUCUACAAGCGGUACACCAUCAAAGGGAUUCAGAAUCUGAUAUUCUACGGCCUUCCCUCCUUCCCGCAUUUCUACAGUGAGGUGUGCAACAUGCUCACAGCGGGGGCUCAGGGGGAGGAAGCAAGUUGGACGUGCAUGGCCCUGUACUCUCGCUUUGAUGCCCACAAACUGGCUGCCAUCACUGGUGCCCAACGAGCCGGACAAAUGCUGCACUCCAGCAAGAGCCUUCACCUCUUUGUUACAGGAGGGGAAGAUAAGUCCUUCUGAAUGAGCUGGCCAGUGAAAACUGUUUGGGCUGCUGAGUGGGACUUGAUCGCAUGCCAGGUGCAACAGCUGAUGAUGCGUAAUCGGUCACAGAAGUCCAUAAACAAUGUGGAACAUCAUGUCUGUGGUUUGAGUUGUUAGCUUUAUUGCCGCAAGGUGAUGCCACGUUCACAGAAGUUUCAAAAAUUAGCAAAUAAAUGUUUGACUGUCUUGAUUAACA